AUGGCCGCCACGGCUGCACCGUCGCCUGCACUGGUGCUGAAGCGCAUCCGCGCAGAGUCGGCCGCAAGGGCGCAACACAACACUGCGGCUCGCGGGACAGAAACGUCCACAGGGAAAGCAACUCAGCAUGGCUCUACAUAUUUAGGUCGAACAGUGGCGGGGGCGGGCUCACCUGAGAAGAACAGCCCGGCGGCUUCGUUGCGGCUUCCUAGUUUUCCCAUUCCGGCCCUCCAGCAGCUCGUCGCCCGUCACUUCCGCUCUUCACGUGCACCCGAGCUUGUCGUCGGAGGUCAUCGGCCGCUGGCUCUUGUUUACCUGCUCGUUGCUACGCUGGUCGCCGCGCCCCUCCGACAAACGGUGGUCGUCGUGGAUGUCGAGGCGCGCUUUGAUGUGCGCCUGCUGCUGGGCGUACAACCGACAGCGUCAGCAAUGUACGGCGCUGACGGUGAAGAGGGUUCCGUCGACGUGUUAGCUUCGCCCGUCAUCGACGACGACCUGCAGCACGUUCAUGUGUUUCGGGUCGAACCACGGUGGCGUGUUCCGCUAGCCGAGCUGGUGGCUGCGGCAGAACAGCGCGUAUUGUACGGAGCACAGCGCCGGCGAGACCGGCCAUGGUGGGGAACCAUCGUCGUGGGCGGGGCUGGAGGCGGGGGAGUGGCAACCACCGGUGCUUCCAAUAGAGCCAGCGACAACACUCUCAGCCAUGGCGUGGGUGCAGCGCUUGUUACGGGUGCCUACGGCUGGCUUCGUGUCGACUGCCAUGAACCAGAUGCUGUUGAGUCUUACAAUGAGCGGUAUGAGCGGCUGUUGGCACUCUUUAAAGACGUAGACCUGAACAAUACCGAACAUGACGACGAGGCACCGAAUACACUAUUGGAGGAUGAAUCAGGAACACAUAGGGUUGAGCCCGUCAUUUGGGUUGCACGCUCUCCGUGGGGAUGCUUCAGGUUCCAGUUGUCAAAGUCAGCUCGCGGACGAGAAGCCAACGAUGAUGGGCCGCCCACCUCGGUUGCGACAUGA